AUGGCAGUGGCAGUCUUUAAGAGCCCACUUGGUGGGGAAUACCAUGGAAGCAAAAGAAUGGAAGGGAAACAACCUACUGGGAGGAGACGGGUUUUUGUGCAAACUGAGACUGGUUGUGUCUUGGGGAUGGAGUUGGAUCGCAGUGACAAUGCUCAUACGGUGAAAAGAAGGUUGCAGAUUGCCCUUAAUGUGUCAACUGAGGAGAGUUCCUUGACUUUUGGGGAUAUGGUGCUGAAGAAUGACCUCAGUGCUGUUCGUAAUGAUUCACCUCUUCUUUUAACACGGAACUAUCUUCAUAGAAGCUCAUCUACUCCCUGUCUUUCGCCGACUGGAAGAGACAUCCAACAGAGAGACCAGAGUGGUCCUAUUGAGAUAUUGGGACAGUCAAAUGGCUUUGCGAAAAUGAAACAAUUGGUCAAGGAAAGUAUCAAGGCAAUCAAGAAUGGUGUUGAUCCACUUCCAGUUCAUAGUGGGCUCGGAGGUGCAUACUAUUUUAGGAACAGCAGAGGUCAGAGUGUAGCUAUUGUGAAGCCAACAGAUGAAGAACCUUUUGCGCCAAACAAUCCCAAAGGUUUUGUUGGAAAAGCUCUUGGACAACCGGGUUUGAAACGGUCUGUGCGUGUUGGGGAGACGGGGUUCAGAGAAGUGGCUGCGUACCUUCUCGACUAUGAUCACUUUGCUAAUGUGCCCCCAACUGCACUUGUGAAGAUCACUCACUCAAUCUUCAAUGUCAAUGAUGGGGUGAAUGGCAACAAGCAUCACAAGAAGAAGCAGGUCAGCAAGAUUGCGUCUUUCCAGCAGUUCAUUCCACAUGAUUUUGAUGCUAGUGAUCAUGGGACAUCAAGCUUCCCAGUUUCUGCUGUGCAUCGUAUUGGGAUAUUAGACAUUAGGAUUUUUAACACAGACAGACAUGCUGGGAAUCUUCUAGUCAGGAAGCUUGAUGGUGUUGGGAGAUUUGGGCAAGUGGAAUUAAUUCCAAUUGAUCAUGGGCUUUGCAUGCCGGAAACUUUGGAGGAUCCGUACUUUGAGUGGAUUCAUUGGCCUCAGGCUUCAAUUCCAUUCUCAGAUGACGAGCUUGAUUAUAUAGGAAAACUUGAUCCUGGAAAGGAUUGUGACAUGUUGCGAAUGGAGCUUCCAAUGAUCAGAGAGGCUUGUCUGCGGGUCCUAAUUCUCUGCACAAUUUUUCUCAAGGAAGCUGCCAUCUAUGGUCUCUGUCUUGCUGAAAUUGGUGAGAUGAUGAGCAGGGAGUUUCGAGCUGGUGAGGAGGAACCCAGUGAGCUUGAGGUUGUGUGCAUCGAGGCAAGGAGGUUGAUAGCUGAGAGGGAGGUAUUUUCUCCCAGGGGUGAUUUGGGAGAUGAUCCGGAAUUCCAAUUUGAUUUAGACUGCGAGGAAACACAAUAUGACUUCGCGGCGGCAGAUGACUACAUGACCAGGUCACCAUUUCAAUUUGGGAUUGGAGCUGGGAGUGGUCGUUUUCCCCUUUCAAAAUUGGAAGAAAGCAUUGAGGAGGAAGAGGAAAGUGAAGGGGAGGAAGAGCAGGAGGGUUUUCCUGCCCUGCGCACUCUUGUAAAACUCCCAACCAUUUCAAAACUUUCCAUGUCAUUGAAGAGUACCACAUUAGGUGACAAGAACCUGAAGUUUUCAGGAACAAAACCAGAAAAUGGCAAUCUUAGUAAUAGAUCAUCCGGGCACAGGAGUGCUAACGAGCAGCUUCCUGCAAGUAUGAGUUUUGUGGAGCUGGCUGAUAUGACUGAGGAUGAGUGGACCCUGUUUUUGGAGAAAUUUCAGGAACUGCUGUACCCAGCAUUUGGUAAACGCAAAUCUGUUACCCUAGGUCAGAGGCAGAGACAGAGGCUUGGUACUUCUUGCCAGUUUUGA